CGCCGCGGCUGAGCCGAACCGUCGCUCCCUCAGCUGAGAGAGGGAGGGGAUGGGGCAGGCUGGUAACCGGGCUGGAACGGGGAGAAGCUGCAGCCUCCGUCUCUCAGGUGCUCUGGCGGAGUGAGCCGGGCAACGAUGCGCCUUUACUUCCUUUCUCUGUCGACCAUGGAGAGGGUUCAUCUCUCAUCUCAGUGAAGCCUGGGCCGGGUGGGGGGGGUCAGAGGUCAUCCACCAAACCUGCACUUCUCCCUCUUACCCCUGCACCCCCACCCCACCCUUCCACCAGACCCUCAGCACCUGUCGCCCUACACUGUAUCCCCCCCAAAAAAAACACACUUUUCUCUCACGUACACAUUCACAGAGCUGCCCUGUUGGUCUCACGGCCCUGCACUCGCCUCUUGCCUGCCACCCAAUUGGCUUGCGAGGAAAUUCCCCCUGAUCAACGAAGCAGCUGUUGGCCGUUUCAUGACGAGUCAGUGGUUCCUCAGACGCUGCGCUCAAGUGUCCUAGACAGCCUCUCAGAUAACGCCUCUCACACCCAGGCCUCAAGAUGAUGUGCGAGGUGAUGCCCACCAUCUCGGAAGACGGGCGCAGCGGCGGCGGAGGCGGCUCGUCUUCCCCGGCGGGGGUCGGAGGAGGAGGAGGAGGGACGGGCGGAGGGAUUGGAAGCGUCGGCGGCUACGGCAGCAGGGAUUCCCGCGGUAGUGCCGGCAGUGGUGGCGGCAGCGAUGAGGGCGGCAGCACUGGCAACCUGGAGUCGCUGAUGGUGAACAUGCUGACGGAGAGGGAGAGGUUGCUGGAGAGCCUGAGGGAGACCCAGGACAGUCUGGGGACAGCACACCUACGCCUCAGAGAUCUGGGCCACGAGAAGGAGUCACUCCAGAGGCAGCUGUCCAUCGCCCUGCCACAGGAGUUUGCAGUGCUGACCAAAGAGCUGAACCUCUGCCGGGAACAGCUGCUGGAGAGAGAGGAGGAGAUAGCCGAGCUGAAGGCAGAGAGGAACAACACACGACUGCUGCUGGAACAUCUGGAGUGCCUGGUGUCCCGUCACGAGCGCAGCCUAAGGAUGACCGUGGUGAAGAGGCAGGCCCAGUCCCCAGCCGGGGUCUCCAGCGAGGUGGAGGUCCUAAAAGCCCUCAAGUCCCUGUUUGAGCACCACAAAGCUCUGGAUGAGAAGGUCAGGGAAAGGCUCCGGGUGGCUUUGGAGCGUGUGGCGUCCCUGGAGGAAGAGCUGCAGUCAUCCUCUCAAGAGGUUCUGUCUUUAAGGGAACAAAUAAAGCGACGGCAGCAGGGACUAGACAACGGUAAAGAGAAGCUUCCCAACGGACCUUCCUCCAUCCUGGAUGACGCAGACAUCGACAGGCAGCGAGAGGGCGAGAUAGAGCGACAGAGGUCCGAGCUGGGACAGCUGAAAGAGAGACUGGCCCUCAUGUGCAGACAGGUCGGGGAGAUCGAGGAGCAGCUGACGUCCGCCAGGAGGGAGCUGGCCCGAUCGGAGGUGGCCAACCAGAAACUACAGAGGGAUGUGAAAGAGGCACUCUGUCAAAGGGAAGACAUGGAAGAGAGAAUCACCACGUUAGAACGCAGGUACCUGAGUGCCCAGAGGGAGGCGACGUCUCUCCAUGACACAAAAGAUAAACUGGAGAACGAGUUGGCCAGCAAAGACUCGCUCUACAGACAGAGCGAAGAGAAGAACCGGCAGCUCCAGGAGCGUCUGGAUGAUGCCAAACAGAAGCUGCAGCAAACUCUGCAGAGGGCCGAGACGCUGCCUGAGAUCGAGGCCCAGCUUGCACAGAGAGUGGCAGCACUCAACAAGGCGGAGGAGCGUCAUGGUAACUUUGAGGAGCGACUGCGACAGAUGGAGGCGCAACUGGAGGAGAAGAACCAGGAGCUACAGAGGGCGAGGCAGAGGGAGAGGAUGAACGAUGAACACAACAAGCGUCUCUCCGACACGGUGGACAAGCUGCUCUCUGAGUCCAACGAGCGGCUGCAGCUCCACCUGAAGGAGAGGAUGGCCGCCCUGGAAGAAAAGAAUGCCCUGUCUGAGGAACUAUCCAACAUGAAGAAACUCCAGGACGAUCUCUUGGCAAACAAGGACCAGCUCAUAGCAGAGCUGGAGCGGAUUCAGCUGGAGUUAGAUCAGCUGAGAGCGAGGCCCGGGGGCUCUUAUUCCAGUCGCUCUCUGCCAGGUAGCGCUCUGGAAUUGAGGUAUUCCCACGGGAGCGGUUCGCUCCCAACAGGCUCGACCACUCACCUGGAUCCCUUUGGUAACUCCUCGGCCGGGGGCGUGGUCAGGCGAAGUCACCGGGCCCGUUGGAGCUCCGCCAGAGAGGACUCUACCAAGAACUACAGUACUACUCUCUGUGUACAGUACCCAGACUGGGAGAGCGGGGCUCUACUGGGGACCAGGUUCGAGCCGGGCUUGGAUGUGGGCUGCUCCGACGACGAGGACGACGUGGAGCAUCGGUUUGGCUCAGAGCUGCUGUCCCCCAGCGGACAGACGGACGUGCAGACCCUGGCCAUCAUGCUGCAGGAACAGCUGGAGGCCAUCAAUAAGGAGAUCAAGCUGAUCCAGGAGGAGAAGGAGAACACGGAGUUACGGGCCGAAGAGAUCGAGAGUCGGGUCAGCGUGGCUUUGGACAGUCCGCCCAUCCCUCCGUCCUCCCUGGGGAGAGACGGAACAGGACGGGGCUUCAUGCCCUCGUCCAUCACAUCCUCCACCCUGGCCUCCCCCUCUCCCCCCAGCUCUGGACACUCCACCCCUCGCCUGCCUCACUCCCCGGCCCGCGAGACUGAUAGACAGAACAGCAAAGAUGAUGACCGUUCCCUCGCUCUUCUUGACUCAACACCUCCUUCCACUCCUCGUGCACUGCGAUUGGACAGGAUGACCCUCACUCAUCCAGGAGCGAUGCUUGACGACCCCCGGGAGUUUCGCAGUCUCUCGGCAGAUGGCAGCAGCUCCAACAGCAGCCAAGAUUCCCUCCACAAGUCCAGUAAGAAGAAAAGCAUCAAGUCUUCCAUCGGUCGGCUUUUUGGGAAGAAGGAGAAAGGAAGGAUGGGCCAACCUGGGCGGGAUGGAUCUGCUUCUCUCGCAUCUACACCCUCUGAAGACAUGGCCUCUGGAGACCCAAUGGGGAUGAACAAGACUGGGACUCUGGGUCCAGCAGAUAAAGACCGCCGCAGCAAGAAGAAGCAUGAGCUACUGGAGGAAGCAUGUCGCCAAGGACUUCCCUUUGCAUCCUGGGACGGACCCACUGUUGUAUCUUGGUUGGAGCUGUGGGUGGGAAUGCCGGCCUGGUACGUCGCAGCCUGUCGCGCCAACGUGAAGAGCGGCGCCAUCAUGGCCAACCUGUCGGACACAGAGAUCCAGAGAGAGAUCGGCAUCAGUAACCCACUUCACCGCCUCAAACUGCGGCUUGCCAUCCAGGAGAUGGUGUCCCUCACAAGCCCCUCUGCCCCGGCCAGCACCCGCUCGUCGACCAGUAACGUGUGGAUGACCCACGCAGAGAUGGAGUCCCUGAACGCAGCCACCAAGCCUCCGGAGCUCAAAGAGUUCAGCUGGGAUCAGAUACUGGCCUAUGGCGAUAUGAAUCAUGAGUGGGUGGGCAACGACUGGCUGCCCAGCCUGGGCCUGCCACAGUACCGUAGCUAUUUCAUGGAGUCCCUGGUGGAUGCCCGCAUGUUGGACCACCUCACCAAGAAGGAGCUGAGAGGACAGCUGAAAAUGGUGGACAGCUUCCACAGGGUCAGUUUGCAUUACGGCAUCAUGUGCCUGAAGCGUCUGAACUACGAUCGCAAGGAGCUGGAGAGGAGGAGGGAGGAGAGCGUCCACCACAACAAAGAUGUGAUGGUGUGGUCCAAUGAGCGUGUGAUGUGCUGGGUGCAGACUAUCGGUCUGAAGGAGUAUGGCGACAACCUGCGUGAGAGCGGCGUCCACGGGGCUCUGCUGGCUUUGGACGACACCUUUGACUACACUGACCUGGCCCUGCUGCUGCAGAUCCCCAAUCAGAACACACAGGCCAGACAGCUCCUGGAGCAAGAGUACAACUCCCUUAUCUCCAUGGGAACCGAGAGACGACCUGAAGAGCAGGACGGAGCGAAGACGUUCACCCGCUCGCCCUCCUGGAGGAAGAUGUUUCGGGAGAAAGACCUUCGGGGCGUGACGUCCGACUCCGCCGAGACCCUGCCUGCUAACUUCCGUGCCUCAGCCAUCUCCACGCCCUCCGUUACCCUGAGAAAGGUUCAGAGUGAUGCCAGCUCUGGUGCCCGGGGUGAAUCUGCCUCAGUGAGGACGUACUCCUGUUGAGGGGCUGAGGGCGCUGACUGGAUCGGGGCUAGAGAACCCUCUCGCUCAUCCACGGGGAAAGAAGCAACGCAUAUAACCAUUUAACUUAACAAAUAAAUCUAUCGGUCUGACCAUUCUGCAAUAACAGAAGCAAAGGAAUAAAGGGGAAAAUGACAUGAAGAAUGUAUGAAUGCAUUUUCCGAUCAGACUGGGAAGAUUGAGUGGGAUCAGCUGUUUUCUCUCUGUGUCUCUCUCUUCCUGUCGCUCUGCCUUUGCUUUUCCUCCCUCGGUGUGGCUGCGCCGCGGGGUUAAUGAAGGGGCAACACCGGUGUUGGUCGCGUGGGUUUCUUUCCCCCCCCUCUUCAUUCCUGCCAGAGUCUGCACACAGUCAGCAGAGUCGGCAAUAUCAGGGCUCAUUUCCCUACCUACAGAGGAAACCACUACUCGCUGCCAUUUAUUCUCUUACAGUUUGAAAACAACUAAACGUGUCGCCUUAUAACUUCUGCUUGACCACAGGUGUUUUUAAUGAGAGCCAGGGCAGAAGUUAACCUCACCGUAAAGUUCAGAUUUGAAAAACAAGAGUAACGACUGGAAGGCUGUUAAAUUGUAAAGUGAUUGGGGAUAAUGGCCGGGUUAUAAUAAACCGGUUAUAAUAGACAACACCGGUGUUCUCCUUUGUGCUCAUGGUGUCCGGUGUCAGCCAUCGUGGCUCUAUUGUCGGAUUCUAUGGUCCCAUCAGGGGUGUCUUUAGUGUCCCCGAUUGGUCGGAGUGGUGUGGUAAAACAGGUCUGAGUUCCGACCACUGUUUGGCUCCGAGCACAUCAGAGGGACCCUCCUCAGGCUUUGUCUUUUGGCACCUUGAAAGCCGAUAGGCUGAGUAAUCUCUUUUGAAGGGACCCUAUUAUAGAGAUCAAAGGCCCAGAGGUGGAUGGGACAGGGUGGAGCGAGGCCACAGAGGCACUGUGUUCAGGAUGUCCAUGGCAGGAAAUCCAUAAAGGUUUUAAAGCGGCACUUUUUUUUUCACAUAAAGUUCAGUUUGCUUGUUUACAUGAGAAGAACUACUCAGCCUGCAAAAACAGUUGUAUAGUGUCUUCUGUGGUGCUGGAUGAGCUUUCCAAAAAUACACUACUGGGUUGCAUUAUGGGAAAUGUAGGAUUCUGCAGGGUUUUUUGCGCUUUUUUGGGGGGGACUAAAAAGUCAGGAUAUCUCCAUUUAUAAGUCAGUUAAAAAAAAAAAGCUGCUAAUAAAGACACGUUUUGGGUUGCCACGUUGUGAAAAAUCCAUUUAGAUGGUGUCAAAUUUGUGUCCACUAAUGGACAGCUUUAAAACAUACGUUACCUCCUGGAAGAAAGGUUUUUAUUAUCCACUUAUCAACAUCAUUAAUAUUUAUAACUGCAGCGUUUGGUAGAUAAGUACGAGGAACUUCAUGUAAAAAAUAAAAUGUUUUCUGUCUUAAUAAUGAGCCAUUAGAUCUGUUGUCCAAAAUGCAGUUAUAAAGGCUUUUUCUACUACAAAAACUGUGUGGAGUUUAAAAAGUUAUUGUUAAUAAAUGGAUUAAAGAGCUAGCUAAAAAGAUAAGGCAACAGUCAAAUGGAUUUUUCACAACGUGGCAACCCAAAGGUUAUUUUUAAUAAAACAGUAUCUUUUUACUGGCCGAUAAAUACAUACAACAUGAAAUAUAUAUAUACACUUAGGACGGCAUGACAUCAUGGUCAGACUUGUACUCCUCACCAACCGUCUACAAUGUGACGUGUACAGUAACCAUCAGCUCAGGGUCUUGGGUAAUCCUGAUGAUGGGAGAGGGGGGGCGGAGAGACAAAACAGCGACUCACAGGUAAGAGAGAAAAAACUGAAAGGAUGGACAGAAGCCGGUCAUUUUACUGCACACACAAGCCAUAACAGAAACCAAGAGCUCUCUGGGGGGAGGGGUGAGAUCAGAGAGCGGCAGCGAGAGAGGGCGAGCCCGAGGAAGCCCAGGAAACAAAACCUUUAGCCUCUGUGUUUACGAUGCAUGUCAAACAAACGACAAUGACCUAAAAACUUUUUUUUGGUGGUGAAGAUGAUAUGAGGCGUCUUUAAAAAAAAAUAUAUAUAUAUAUAUGUAUGAUAAACCUACAGGGGUUGGGAGCCUGGGGAUCAAUUUGUAAAAUGUGUGUAUUUUUUUCAGUUGUAUUUUUUAUUUUUUACGAUAUCUAUUUAUUUUCUUUAGGUAUGUAUUGGAUAAAUGUAUGUACGUGUUCUGUUCCUUCUUGACUUCUUUUGAACUAGUUUUAAAGUAAAUAUGAAACAUUGAAAAUGGUCAUUCAAAUACACUACUGUAUGUGUACAUUUUGAGAACAAAUUGUGCAAUGAUUUAACAGAUUUCCAUGAUUAAAGUGAUAGUAAUACAAAUUGAAAAUAUCAUCUGGAAAAUAAACAACAAUGAUGACGAUGAUGAUGAAAAUGGUGAUGUUAAAGAACAAAAAAAUAAAGCGAUCCAGGUGGAUCUGCUGAUCAUCGCAAA